GAGUCGAUAUAGUUUGGGACGUCCUUAGUUAAGGAACAAAAUUAGACGUCCUUACGAAACACGUGUUGCCUUUUCAUCUCAUCUCUUUCUCUUUCUUGAAAUCUAGACGACUCCGUCUUCUUCUCUUCUCCUCGACGAUGAAUGGAAUCCGUUUCUCUGGUUUUGUUUCCUCUGUUGUAGUCUCCUAUUUAUGAUCUCAAUCAUCUGUUGUAACCUUGGUAUCAUGGGAUUGCAGAGGCGAAUUUGAUCUCUCUCUUUCGCCGUUGAUUUGAGGUUUUCCUUUGAUCGGAAUUUAAUGAGUUACCGGGUCUCCUCCAUACUCCUCCUCAUCCUCCUAGAUGGAUCAUGUUUACCUUCCGGGUUCGCUUCUGUUUGCGAUCAUCAUCAUAAUAAUGAAUUGGAGGAGGUGUUCCGAUGCGGAAUCGAGAGAAAGUGUCAUCAUCAUUCUCUGUUUCCCAGACCUCCUUCUUUAGAGGUGGAUGGGGACUUGCUAGACAGGUUCUGUUUCUGGGAGAAGAUGAGAAUCUCGCUCCUUUUGUCGUGUCUGUUAGUUUCCACUUGUCUCUUCACUUCUUCAUCAUCUCAAUCCGCAGAUGGAGUCUUUAUGGGAACUGAAGUCAAUUCCAACAUAAAGAUCGAAACUUUCUGUCUGUUGUUGAUAAGGGCAGGUUUUGUGAGCUUGGAUUGUGGAGGUACAGAGCCAUUCACCGACGAACAUGGACUUAACUGGACACCUGAUGAUCACCUCCUCUAUGGUUCGAUGUAUCUCACUGGGGUUGAAGACAAGUUUCAUCUCAGUGUUGCUGCUCGGAUAAACUUUGGUGCAGAGACUGAAGAUCCUGUGAGGUAUCCGGAUGAUCCCUAUGACAGAAUAUGGGAAUCAGAUUUGCUAAAGAAAGCCAACUGUGUUAGCAAAAACCCACAAAUUCGUGGGUGUUGGGACUGCACUAUAUGCUCUGUUUUUGUUAACCAUGAACAAAUGCCGACGACUUAUAUCACAUGUCCUGUAAGUAUUUACAAUAAGAUGGUUUAAACAAAAGUGCUGUUCUAAACCUAAGGACUCAAUAAAAGUCCUACCAAUAAUCUAAACAUUUUGUAUUGUCCUUGCACUUGU